UUCUGCAUGUUACAUUAUUCCCACCAAAACGUUAAAGCCCUCUCUAUUGAAAGGGGUUUUGCAUUACGGUUCAGUUUUUCCCUCACAACACAUAGUAGUGUGAAACAAUGCCUUCGAGCUCGAAUUCAAAGCAGAAAAGGAAGCAAUUGAAGGCGCAGCUGCAAAACUCACCAUUGUCGUCGAAUGCCACCACCGUGCCUCCCAAAACGCAGCAACAACAAGCACAAGAGCAUGCCUCUUUAUGCGAAGAAGCUUCUAGAAAGUUCCCUUCUCUCAUCGCUGAAUCCGCGAUCGUCGCUAAAAUCAUACAUGUCGACGACACCGUUCCCCUUUUCAAGGGCUUCAGAAUUUGGCUCUCCGAACCUUCGAUGCUCUCCUCCUCUCUCUCCCCGGGUUCGAUUGUGUCGGUGUCUAUUCCAUCUUCAGACGAGAAAAGUUCACAAUUGCAUAGUUUUCCCCUCGUGUCAUUAGCUAAUGAGUGUGCCAAAUGCCAUGGACUGGAAAUCGGGACGGCAGUUGAUGAUGAUGAUGCGGGGAACUACUUUGUGCUUGCAACGGUGUUUCCUGCCAAUAAGGUUUUGAAGGAUGGAGUACGCCUGUCUUCAAACCUUUAUUAUUCUAUGGGAUGUCCUCCUAUGGGUUCAAGUGUGUUUGUUUGUGCAUUACAGAAACAACUCUUGCCUACUCCUGCCAGUGGGAGCAAUCAAAAGCAUUAUAUGGAAAAUAAUUGUUUACCUAUUAAUAAUUGCAAGGAAUUGUAUCUUCAGUUGGUUCCUUCUAAAAGUGGGCUACCAUUGAAGUUUAAUAAUUUUCCCUCAUUGGACGUGUCUAAGGUGAAAUCUCAUGUCCAAUUUGAGAAUGACAUUGUUGCUUCUCCUGCAACACCUUCUUCUGUAUCAAAGUUUUCUAAUGUUAGUGGUUUGUCUUCUCCACAAUUUGAGGAUUCAGCAUCUAGUGUGCCAAAUCAGAAGAGUCAAUCACUGAUUUCAUCUGAUGUCAGCUUAGCAUUAAGUGAUGAAAGUUCUAAGCAGUCACUUGAGACAUGGGCAACUUCAUGGUUAUAUUCUCGAUCUUUACUUCUAGGGAAUCUUGUCAGUAUUCCAAUGUUUUCAGAGUGUUUUUUCCAAGUGAUAGGAGCUAAGAAGAAGCCAGUUGCCAAAUCUGGUCAUUUUCCAUCAGAUGGAAGCAGUGAUUUAUAUCCUGAGGAUUCUGAUAUAGCAGAUAGUGUAUAUCAGGCUUUCACUGUUAAUUACGAAACAAAGGUAUUUUUAUCUUUGCCGUCAAAUGCAGCAUCAGCAUCUGAACAGCCAAUUCAAAGGGAUAUACCUUGUGUGAAACUAGAACACAAAGUUGCUAAUGUUAGCUUACCGGAUAAAAUCUCUAAAUUAGGUGGUCUAUCCAAAGAAUAUACACUUCUAAAGGACAUAAUUUCUUCGUCAGUGAACGAUGCUUUAUCAAGCUUUGGUCUAAGAACUACAAGAGGUGUCCUUCUUCAUGGUCCAACCGGUACAGGAAAGACUUCCCUGGCUCAAUUAUGUACUCAUGAUGUUGGAGUCAAAUUUUUCCCAAUAAAUGGACCUGAAAUUGUUACCCAAUAUUAUGGGGAAAGUGAGCAAGCUUUGCAUAAAGUUUUUGAUUCCGCCAUUGAAGCUGCACCUGCUGUGGUAUUCAUUGAUGAAUUAGAUGCCAUUGCCCCUGCAAGGAAAGAAGGAGGUGAAGAGUUAUCUCAAAGAUUGGUUGCGACUUUAUUGAAUAUGAUGGAUGGAAUUAGUAGAACUGAAGGGUUACUUGUAAUUGCUGCCACUAACCGCCCUGACCAUAUUGAUCCAGCUCUCAGACGACCUGGAAGAUUUGACAAGGAAAUUGAAAUUGGUGUGCCAUCCCCCAAACAACGUUCAGAUAUUUUGAUCACUCUUCUCAAUGAAAUGGAUCAUUGUCUCUCUGAGUUACAAAUUGAACAGCUUGGUACAGUCACUCAUGGUUUUGUGGGUGCUGAUCUAGUUGCACUUUGCAAUGAGGCAGCCUUGAUUUGUCUACGGCAUUAUGCUAGCUUUAAGAAGACUUAUGAUUCUUGUUCUGAUUAUAUAACCGGGAAACCUGUUCUGAGGAAUGGUGCAACAAACUCAAUAGAUCAUUUGGAUGAGUCAACUUCAUCUACUUCAGAUAUGUUGGCCGCCAGUUGUGUAUUACCUUCUUGCAUGGUAACUUGUGAAACUACGGAUAUAAUUCCUGAUAGUGGUAAAGAAGAGCAGAUUUUGAAAGUAAGCUUUGAAGAUUUUCAGAAGGCCAGGAUGAAAAUAAGACCUAGUGCCAUGAGAGAGGUAAUCCUUGAGGUUCCAAAAGUUAAUUGGGAAGAUGUUGGCGGUCAAAAGGAGGUCAAAGCUCAAUUGAUGGAAGCAGUUGAAUGGCCACAGAAACACCAUGAUGCAUUCGACCGUAUUGGAACUCGCCCUCCUACAGGUGUAUUGAUGUUUGGGCCUCCAGGUUGUAGUAAAACCCUCAUGGCACGUGCAGUUGCUUCUGAAGCAGGGUUGAACUUUCUAGCAGUCAAGGGUCCUGAACUCUUCAGCAAAUGGGUUGGUGAAUCUGAGAAGGCCGUCAGAUCAUUAUUUGCAAAAGCAAGGGUCAAUGCCCCAUCAAUAGUAUUUUUUGAUGAAAUAGACAGUCUUGCUGUAACUCGUGGGAAGGAAAGUGAUGGUGUUUCAGUGUCAGAUAGGGUCAUGAGUCAACUUCUUGUUGAGUUAGAUGGUCUACAUCAAAGAGUUAAUGUCACUGUCAUAGCUGCUACAAAUAGGCCAGACAAGAUUGACCCUGCCCUUUUAAGGCCAGGACGCUUUGACCGUCUGCUAUAUGUUGGACCUCCAAAUGAGGCGGAUAGGGAAGAGAUAUUUCGCAUUCAUCUACGUAAAAUCCCAUGCGGUUCUGAUGUUAGCCUUAGAGAACUAGCUCUACUCACAGAUGGUUGUACUGGGGCUGACAUAUCAUUGAUAUGUCGUGAGGCAGCUGUUGCAGCAAUUGAGGAGAGCCUUGAUGCUUCAGUUAUAACAAUGAAGCAUUUAAAGACGGCAAUAAAACAGAUCCAGCCAUCAGAUGUUCACUCCUACCAAAAGCUGUCAACAAAAUUUCAAAGGGCCGUCCACUGCAGUGAUAUAAAGGAUGAAUUCAAUCCUAUGCAGCGCGACAUUAAAUCUACUCACUUCAACAUUUGGAAGUUCAUAAAAUCUUGCACGUUGUUCCUCUAUCAGACUCCAGCUUCCAUCUUCAAUUUAAGAACUGCUCGAAGUAGUUAACUACAGGCCUCAGAGUACUAUUAUGUUUGUCAUAUUCCUCCCAUGACUGGGUUCAUGUUCAUUAAUUGAGGAUCAUCUGCACUGCAAACUCUAGAUUGAGCCUUUAUUAGGUAUGAACGCAGUAUGAUGUUUGUUAUAUUCCUGAGGCUGGGUCUACUUGCUUAUGGAGCACAAAUAUGAGGAUCAAUGUGUACACCAACAGAAAAAGGGUGCAAUUGCUGAAAUAUGUGCUGAAAACCCCCUUGACUAAAUCAUGGACAGCCUUUCCGGUGAAAGAUGAAUAUAUUUUUAGAAUGAUUACUAACGUGGUUUUGCUUGGAAGUUUUGCUUGCUUCAAAGGUUUAUUACUUUUGAAGGUGAGAGAAGCAAGGACGUUGUCUGAGGAAACGGUCACUCAAAUCUGUGUCUUUUUCAGCAGGCCAAUUUUCUAAAGGUCUCGACCACAUAGGUUUACACACAAAAUAAUAAAUUAUGGAGUUUGUUGAUAAAACUUACAUAGCUUGAGGAAUAUGUUGUAAAUUAGCUGAGAGCAACGCAUAUACAGAUUACCCUUGUUUUGGCCAAUUCAAUGCGUCAUAACAAUUGUAGAUGAAAUUUUUUUACUAGCAAUUUCUUUAGCAAAUUGGUCAAAAAUUUCUUAGCUGAAAAGUUGAUUUUAUUAACUUUUGUAGAUGCUGCAUUAUUGACACAUCAUUAGAUUAUUAUUAUCAUUAUUAGUCUUCUUUGUUGGAUGGCUGCAACGGGCUCACUGAAUCUACUCAUUGAAAUGUACAAGUGAUUUUUUUCGUA